GGAGUUCAACAGCGAGUUUAGAAGAUGCCACCGGAAGGAAAAAGUGGCUCUGGAAAAGGGGGGAAAGGGGGUGCAGCUUCUGGGAGUGACAGUGCUGACAAGAAAGCUCAGGGCCCCAAAGGUGGUGGCAAUGCAGUAAAGGUCAGACACAUUUUGUGUGAAAAGCAUGGCAAAAUCAUGGAAGCCAUGGAAAAGUUAAAAUCUGGAAUGAGAUUCAAUGAAAUAGCCACCCAGUAUAGUGAAGAUAAAGCCAGGCAAGGGGGCGACUUGGGCUGGAUGACCAGAGGGUCCAUGGUGGGACCCUUUCAAGAAGCAGCGUUUGCCUUGCCCGUGAGUGGGAUGGAUAAGCCUGUAUUUACAGACCCACCAGUUAAGACAAAAUUUGGAUACCAUAUUAUCAUGGUUGAAGGAAGAAAAUAAAAUCGUACAACUGA